CACUCGUCGGUAUACAUCGUAGGGUAUGGUAAGGUAUCAAUGUAGGUUUACUCUGACAUGAUAUAGUAAAAUUCCUCUUUGCCACAUCCCGGUCGAUGUUUAUGGAUUGCCAGAAGCUGACGUGUCUUUGAGUGGACUUCCAGGUAACGUUACGAAAAUGCCUUUGCAUGGAAAAAUAGUCGUGGUGAAGAGGAGUGGAGGAGAUGGGACUGAGUUUCCUCUUACUGCAACAUGCUUAUUUGGAAGGAAGCCUGAUUGCGAUAUUCGUAUUCAGCUUCCACAAGUCUCCAAGGAGCAUUGCAGAAUUGACUUGAAUGAAAAUAAAGAGAUCAUUUUGACAAAUUUGAGCUCUGUGAAUCCAACUCGUGUCAACGGAGAGGUUUUGCAGCAGUCUGAACGUUUGAAACAUGGAGAUGUGAUAACUAUUAUUGACCGUUCUUUCAGGUUUGAGUACCCUCCAGCACCCACACCAAAGAAGAGGUCUUCCACAGGAGGCAAAGCUGAGACUCUCAAAGUUCUUCAAGAUCAGCAAGUGGGGGACACAGUUACCUCUGAAACUGGAGAUAAAAGGAUCUCUGAAGUAUCCACAGAUCCUCAUCUGAAAGAUGGAACUAACCAUGACAACAUCCAGCGAUCCCUGGAAAAAACUUUGGAGGUGGAGCCCAAAGAGGAAGGCAAAACUGCCUCUCCCUUCAACGACCUGUAUCAAAUGAUCAAAAAAUCUCUGGAUGUCAAGACCCCUCGGAAAUCUUCUGCCAGUUUGCUUCAAACACCCACCUCGAGGUUUUGCACUCCAAAACCUGCUUCAGUCAGGAAAAAUGAUGAACCUGUCACUUGCACCGAAGAUAAAAGCAUUCCUCAGAAGAAUGACGCUAAAGUCUGUCCUGGAGCUGAUGAAACUAAGGGGGCUGAAAACACAAGUGGUGGAACCCCAAAGUCUGUUAAGAAGCAGAGGAGGUCCUCCCAGGGUCCUUCUACUGAGAUGGCCGCACCUGAAGUUGAGAAAGCCGAAAAGUCUGAAGCAACUUCACCUCAGAAGAGAAUCCGUACACCCCCCCAGAGGUAUACUGCGUGUGAGGUUAUUGAGCAAGUUACUGCUCAAUCACCCAAAUCACCUUUGAGACGGAGAAGCAAGGAGGCCAAACCUGCAGUGACUCAGGAACAGGAAGCGCAAGCAGUGACUUCUCCCAAAACGAAGCGUUCCCCAAGGAACUCAGGAUGUUCCUCAGUUGAAGUUGGAAAAGUGAAAGAGACAUCCAAAAAACGUAAAAGUGGAGAACUUGCAGCCGACUUGCCUACACCUCAAAUAAAGAAGAAAAGGGUUUCCUUUGGAGGUUUCCUGUGCCCUGAGUUAUUUGACAAACGUCUGCCUCCUGACUCUCCCUUACGCAAGGGGGCCAGUCCGCGGAGAAGCUUUUGUGUGUCUAAACCCAAACAGUCACUCCUGAGACGAGCGUCAGUCAUUGGCUCGCUACAGUUCGAUGAAGAGCAACCAGGUAGCCCCAAAGUGCAAAGUCCUGCCAAAAUGAGGACUCCGUCACCUAAGAAAUCAAGUGCCAAGAAUGCUUCUCCUAAGACUCCAACGCCAGGAAAGAAAUCACCAAAAUCUAGGUCCCCUUCUCCCAAGGCAACAUCUCCAGGAAAGAAAUCACCAAAAUCCAAAUCCCCUUCUCCCAAGGCAACAUCUCCAGGACCGAAAUCCCCCAAAUCCAGAUCCCCUUCUCCCAAGGCAAAAUCUCCAGGACAGAAAUCCCCAAAAUCAAGAUCCCCUUCUCCCAAGGCAACAUCUUCUGCAAAGAAGUCACCAAAACCCAGGACCCCUUCUCCCAAGGCUGCGUCACCUGCUGAAAAGACACCAAAAUCCAAAAGUCCAUCUACUGCAAGAGGACGGUCUCCCACUGUUGGUGGAACACCAGGAGUCCAGACCCCCAGAGUACAAGGCCGCUUCUCUGUGUCGCGUAUCAGCACACCAUCUCCAAAUGCAGAAGAUGCUGUCACUGACCAGGUGCCUUCAGUCACAGUAACUACUAAAAUGCCCCAGAGGAGAAAGAGCAUCUCACAAGAAACUUCAAGUGCUGCAAAAGUAAUGCGCAGAAGAAGUGGCAUUUCACGGGCAUCCCUGAAAGCCAAAAAUUCCUGGGCAAACAUUGUGAAAUUUGGUCAACCUAAGGCUCAAGUGGUUGCUCCAGCUAAAAAAGCAGUCGCCAAAAUGACAAAGAAGAAGACUGUGCCCAAACCACAGACCCCUGCAAGAAAAAUCCAAGGCCAUUUCAGCACUGGACAUGCAGAUUCACCUGUUACUAUUGUUGUGGGCAGAGCUCACAAACAAAGGGUCGUACAUGCAACUGGUGCUGCACCAAGACUGGUCACCAAUACUGCUCUCCUUAAAAGGAACAUGAAAAUGGAUGAGGACUUGACUGGAAUUUCUGAAAUGUUUAAAACCCCAGUAAAUGAAAGGAAAAGGAGAUCUGUGAUCAAUGAGGACAAUGCCACAAAGACACCAGUGGGAGCUCUGGGCACAUCUGUGGUAGAGCCAUCAGUGUUGAACACACCAGAGGAGCCAGGCGAGAUGAUGGUGUCUCCACUGAGUGUUGCAUCCACAGUAAAAGACAGAAAAUACAACAGUGAGGCAGUCCAACGCCUCCUUAAUGAUGAUCAAGAAUCUAGCUUCGUCAGUGAUGUCCCUGCCUUGGAGAUUCACUCUGAUGAUUCUGGCGAACAGCAGUGUACAGAUAUGAAGACAACCUCUCAAACAACUCCCAAACAGAAGCCAGAAUUACCAGAGUGUCUCACUGGAGUGAAAAGGAUCAUGAAGACACCAAGGCAGAAGGCUGAACCUGUUGAGGACUUGAGAGGGAGACUUCUGAAAACUCCAAAGCAGAAACCUGAGCAACAGGAGUGUCUCACUGGAGUGAAGAGGAUCAUGAAGACACCAAGGCAGAAGGCUGAACCUGUUGAGGACUUGAGAGGGAGACUUCUGAAAACUCCAAAGCAGAAACCUGAACAACAGGAGUGUCUCACUGGAGUGAAAAGGAUCAUGAAGACCCCACGACAGAAAGCCGAGCCCAUUGAGGACCUGAGAGGCAAGGUUUUGAAAACCCCCAAGCAGAAACUUGAACAACAAGAGUGUCUCACCGGAGUAAAGAGGAUGAUGGAAACUCCAAAACGGGAAGCUGAACCUAUGGAGGACAUCAGAGUGGAACUUCUGACAACUCCCAAACAGGAGGCGGGACAACAAGAGUGCCUUACUGGAGUUAAAAGCAUUUUGAACACCCCCCAACAACAAGCUGAAUCUCAUGAAGACCUUCAAGAAAAACCUGUAGAAACUCCCAAAGCUCUAGAGGCUGCUGAUGUGAGUUUGGAUGAUGAGAAGGAACUUAUGGAGACACCAGACCAAGUGCAAGAAUCUGCUCCACAGACUGAAGCCACAGGACAACUGGAGACAAAUGAGCAGGUAGAAGAUGAAACACCUCUGGAUUGUGAAGAAGGCACAGCAAAAGAACUAGACUUUGCCCACGAGGAGCCACGAGGCGAUGUCCCAUCAGAUGUGAUUGCUCUCCAUGAUGACAUAGAAAAGGAAGAAGAUGCAAAAGAAGUUGUCGCUGAUGACCACGUAGAGGAGGUGCCAAGUGGACACAAUAAUAACGAAUCAUCAGGUGCUUCGGAACCUCUCUCUGAACCAGCUGUAGAUGAGAUAUCUGGGGAACAACCCAAAGUGGACACAGUGGAUGAGACUUUAUCUGAAGACAAACCUGAAGUGGACGCAGUCGAUGAGAGUUCACCUGUAGAACAAGCUGAAGUGGACGCAGUAGACGAGAGUUCACCUGUAGAACAAGCUGAAGUGGACACAGUAGACGAUAGUUCACCUGUAGAACAAGCUGAAGUGGACGCAGUAGAUGAGAAUUCACCUGUGGAAGAACCUGAGGUGGAGACUGCUCCUGGAAAAAUCACAGAAAUGGACACAACUGCCACGGAUCCUGACUCUAAGAAGAAACCUGUUCGUGGCAGAAGGGCAAAAACAGUGGAACCUAAAGCACCUGAAGAUGCUGUCGUCUCUGCUCCAGUCAGAGGAAGAAGAGGGAAGAAAGCUGAAGCUACAGCACCACCUGCCAUUGAAACUGCUCCUCAGGCACCUGUAACUGAGAGUUUACCUGAAGAGGAGACUUGCAAAGUCACCGAAACAGAUGCAGCCAUUGUUGAGAAUAAAUCUCUUAGAGGCAGAAGGGCGAAACUGGUGGAGUCUAAACCAGCUGAUGAUAAUCAGGAGGCAGCAGAACACUCUGAAGAACCUGUUGCUCCAACCCCAGUCAAAGGAAGAAGGGGAACGAAAACUGAAGCUGCUGCUGCUGGACCACCUGCUGUUAGACAAACAACAAGAGGCAGAAAUGCAAAGUCUCAAGAGAGCAAUGAUGUUGAGGUCACGGAGAAGAAAAGUGCCUCUCUGCCUUCCAAACCAAUCCUUAAAGCUAGAAGAGGAAGAAAAGCUUCUGAUGAUCAAGUGGAAACCGUCCAAGAGGUAGCCGCUGAAACUGAAAUGGUGCCAGAACCUAAGAGUGAACAGAGCCCCCCAGUUGAAGUCAACAUCGAAGCAAAUGACAGUGCAUCACCCCAGGAGAAGGCUGUGAAGCCCAAGAGAGGGAGAAGAGCUAAACAGCCUGAAGAACCAGUGCUAGAGCAGCAAGAUUUACCCAUUACUCAGAGUGAGGAUGCUCCUGAAAUGGACACAGCUAAAGAAGCAAAUGCAAAUGAAGUCUGCAGCAACCAGCUGGAGGUGGUGCCCAGUGCAAGUGAUGAAAAUAAAUUAUCAGAUGCCAUGGAAACUGUUCCCCAGACGCCUGUAACUGAGAGCCUACCUGAAGUGGAGACAGCCACUUGCAAAGUCACCGAAAUGGAUGCUGCUGUCGUUCAGAAGAAAACCGUUCGAGGCAGAAGGGCGAAACUGGUGGAGUCUAAAUUGGCUGAAGAUAAACAGGAGGCGGCAGAACACUCUGAGGAUCCUGUCGUCUCUGCUCCAGUCAGAGGCAGAAGAGGGAAGAAAACUGAAGCUGCUGCACCAGCCGCUGUAAGACAAACGACAAGAGGCAGAAAUGCUAAGUCUCAAGAAAUCAUCUCUGAAGACAAACCUGAAGUGGACGCAGUAGUGAAGAACUCACCAGUGGAACAACCUGACGUGGACGCAGUCGAUGAGAAUUCAUCUGAAGAACAACCUAAAGUGGAGACUGCUACUGUAGAAGUCACAGAAAUAGACACAACUGCCACGGAUCCUGACCCUAAAAAGAAAUCUGUUCGUGGCAGAAGGGCAAAAACAGUGGAACCUGAAGCAGCUGAGGAUGAACAGGAGGCUGAAGAUGCUGUUGUUGUUGCUGCUCCAGUCAGAGGAAGACGAGGGAAGAAGGCUGAAGCUGCUGCACCACCUGCUGUUAGACAAACAGGAAGAGGCAGAAAUGCAAAGUCUCAAGAAAGCACCUCCGAUGAUAAACCUGAAAUGGUACCAGAGACAGCUGCAGAAACAACACCUGUGACUGAGAUUUCCAUUGAAGUUGUGAGUGACCAGAGUGAUCCUGCACCUUCUGUAGAGGAAGCUGUCAUGAAGCCUGUUCGAGGGAGGAAAACUAAACAAACACCAGUUGAGCCAUCUCAACCAGAGCCAGAGAAAACUGAAGCUGUGAGUGACGAGUCUGUUGUGAUAGACGCUCAGUCUGAAAAGUCCAUUCCUACUGUUGCAAAGCCCAAAAGAGGGAGAAAGAUGAAACCUGAUACUGUUGAGCAAAAUGAGGUGGCAGAAGACACCGUUGUCACCGUGGAGACCAAGCAGCAGUCUGAACCUCCAGUUAAGGCUAAGAGGGGAAGAAAUGCCAAAAAGGAAGAAGUUGAGACUACUGAAUCCCAGGAGCCAGUCAAAAAAAUGAGGAGAACCAAGAAGGCAGAGCAAGACCACAUAGAACCACAAGAAGUCGUCCAAACAGCUGAAAAUGUUGUCCCAGAGGAGGCUGAAGCGACACUUGUUGCUGAACCAGUGAACAUUGAUGAACAGGCUACUGUGGCUGCGAAACCCAGGAGAGGAGGCCGGAAAGCAAAACAAGACACUGAGAGUGAAACUACUGUCGAACCUACUGAGGUCCCUGCGGUCAAACGGGGCAGGAGAGGAAAACAAGUUGCUGAAGAAGUUGCAGUCACUGCUGUGGUACCAGAAGAAAAACCUGAGCAUGAGGUUGAAGAGAAGAAAGAUGCCGAGCCAGACUCUCCAGUCGUUAAACAAAGCAGGGGAAGGGGGGUGAAAACAUCUUCGAAAAAUGAGGCUUCCCAAGCCAUUCCAGCCAAGAGAGCUCGUCGAGGUGCAGCUCUUCCUGUCAAGGAGACCAACGCAGAAGUUUCAGAGCCUACAUCAACUUCAGUAGAGCCUGCCAAAAGGGGGAGACGGGCAGCAGCAAAGCCCACAGCAGAUGAUGCCACCAAAGAGUCAAGCAGUGCUGUUGUGGAAGACACAAAAACAUCCAAAAGAUCCGUCAAGUGGAACGCAGAUGUGGAAGUCUUUGAUAUUCCAAAAGCAACACCAGUGAAGGCAGCGCGAGGCAGGAAGUCCAAACUUGACACUGAAAGCAAAAAUGUGUCAAAGGACGAUGACAAAACUGAAGAGAAGGAUCUCUCAGACAAAGUCAUCGAAGCUCAGCCCGUCAAGAGAGCCAGGCGAGGGGUCGCUGAUGUAACAGCAGAAGAGUCCACAAGCAAGGUGAAAAGUGUUGAGGCUGAGGCACAGCCAAAAACCAGAAGAGGAAGACCAGCAAAGAAAUAAAAAGCAUCUGUAUAUAGUCUUAAUCCCAAUGACUUGUUUUCCCCCAUUUAACUUUUUUUUUUGUACUUGUCAUUUUUAUUAGAUCGUACGGCAUUUUAUAAAGUAGUUUUAUAGAUGAAAAUGACGCACUGCCUUUUUUUUUUCUCCUCCAAUACAGCAGGGAAUCUUCUAACCAUUUAUAUCGUGACAAGUUGUAUGUUGUUCAUUACUGGUUUUGCAAAUAUUUUUAUGGUUUAAAAAAGUGAUUUAUUAAAUUUUUUUGUAUGGUGGAAAAA